AUGGCUGGUGUUGGUCGAUGCUGUGGCAACUUUUGUAAAGAAUUCAAACAAUUUGCUCUUCGAGGAAGUGUAAUUGAUUUAGCAAUUGGUAUUAUUAUUGGUACCGCCUUUACUACAGUAGUUCAGUCAUUUGUCGAUGAUAUAAUUACACCGCCGUUUGGCCUUAUAUUGGGUGGUGUUGAUUUUGUUAAUCUAACAGCUAAAAUGAAAAAUUUCGUCUACAAAGAUCAACCACCCGUCGUGAUUCGCUAUGGAAAAUUUAUUCAAACGCUAAUAUCUUUAUUUAUUAUGGCAUUGGCAUUAUUCUUUCUUAUCAAAGGUGUUAAUAAAUUGCAUCAACUAGCAAUAAGAAAAAAACAGAAAGAAGAAACUACACAACUUGAAACAAGUGAUGAAGUUAAAAUAUUAUGUGAAAUUCGAGAUCUACUAGCAAAACAAUCUUCAUUUGAAAAAUAA